AUGGAGUUCGAUCUCGAGAACCAGAUGUCGAGCUCUGACGACGAGCAGCAACCUCGGUGGGGCUCCAUCUCGGCGCUCUUCGCCGCCGAGGCCGACCACAUCAUCUCUACCGUCGGCGCUAUUGAUCCCUCCGCCCGGCGAAACGCCGUCUCUCUGGUCCUUCAGGCGCAGUUCAAUUGCAAUCUGGACCCCUUCGUCGCUUGCCUUGCAAUCAACUACAUUGAUCGGUACCUUUCCAAGCGCGAAAUCCCGAUAGAGAAGCCGUGGAUCGUUCGUCUCCUCUCCAUCUCCUGCCUAUCCCUCGCGUCCAAGAUGAAGAAAACCUGCAAACCUCUAGCGGAUUUCCUGAGAGAGGAAUAUUUUGUGUUCGACGCCCAAACGAUCCGGAGAAUGGAGCUUCUGGUGCUCGAAGCACUGGAUUGGCGGAUGCGAUCGAUCACCCCCUUCUCCUUUCUCCGGUUCUUCACUUCCUUCUUCUCACCCGCCCAACCCCCUCUCCUCCAAGCACUCCAAGCCCACGCGACCGAGAUCCUUCUCAAAACCCAAAACGAGAUGAAGGUGCUGGAGUUCAAACCUUCAGUGGUGGCCGCCUCCGCUCUCCUCUCCGCCGCCUUCGAGUUCUUCCCCGUCCAAUUUCCAGCCUUCCGUUCCGCCCUCGCCUCCUGCGAAUUCGUAAACGAAGAGGAGCUGCGGGAAUGCAGCAGCGCUAUGGGAAUCGCGACGGACGGCUGCGGUGGUUCGGAAGCGACGGCGCUGGUGUCGAGUUCCAACACGCCGCCGACCGUCCUCGGCCGCCUCUGCUCGAGCUCGGUGAUCGAGCCUUUCACCAUCGGAUCCGCAUCGGACGACCGCGAGCUCACGCAGCGCCGGAUCGCCUACCACGACGGACAAAUAGACAAGUAACGAGGCCUCCUCCGAAAAGGAAACAAAUAAUGAUUGUUUUUGAGCGAAUUCUUUUGUGGAGUCGAUGCCGUGAAUUGAAGAAGGACGCACAGAUCUUUUUGA